AUGAUUAAAGAAAUUUAAGAUUUAAAGUAUAAAUUAUUUCUAAUUAUAGAAAAGAAUUAUAAAAUUAAGAAAAAUAAAUACGAGAUUUAUAGAUUAAAAUAUAAAAUUUAACAAAAGAACAUUUGUAAUUUAAACAUAUUAAAUUAGUAAUGAAAAAAUGAAAAUGAAUUAAUUAAUAUAAUAAUUGUAAUUAGAGAAUUUAAAUAAGACUGACCAAUUGAACUAAAUAAGCAUGUAAUUUUAAUUAAUAAUUUAGGUAUUCUAAUUAAACUAAUUAAACUAAUAAAAUUAAUAAAGAAAAUUAAUAAUUAAAGAAUGAAAAUUAGAAUUUGCUUACAAAAAUAACUCAACUAUAAUAAAUUUAAGAUGAUAGUAAAUCUUAAAUUUUUAAACUAAAUGACUUAAAAGAAGAUUUAUAAAAUCAAACAAAUUAAUUUAAGUAAAAAUUAUAAAACUAUUUUAGAAUUUAAUUAAAUAGUAGUGAAGAAUAAAAAAGAUUGUUAUUGAUAACUAUAGAGAGCAUAAAAAAUCAAAAUAAUUAAUUGUAAGUAUAUUAAAAAUAAAUCAAAGAUGUUUCGACUAGCAUGACUGCAUUUCGUAAAUAAAUUUUAAUCAAAUCCAAGAGCUGUUAAUAGAUGCGUUGAUUAAAAAAAAAAAAGUUUAAUAUUAAUCCUAAUAAAAAUAAUUAAUGCCCCUUAAUAAAUUAAAAGUAUUUAAUACUAUAUUACAAAACUAUUUAUUAAUCAUUUAUCAAAAACAACUAUCUGAACUAAUUAGAACUUUAAGAAAUGCUUCUUUGCCUAUAUUUUAAUGUAGUUUAGUUAAUUGCAAUUUUGUAUUUAUUUCAAGAGAUGGCAAUCAAAGCUGCUAAGUUGAUAAUCAUUAUUUUUGUCCAAUCUGUGAAAUUAGUUGCAACUUUAAAAGAUUAUGA